AAGAAUCUUAUUGUUUGUUAAGAUUCUUCCCUCUCUUCGAAGCCUUGAAGGCUUCUUUAAUUUAUUAUUAUUUAUAAUUAAUAAUUGGGUUAGGUUCCGUUUUACCGUUAUUGCCAUGCCAUGGAUUUCCAGAAGAAGAGGGUUCAGUUUCUACUCUUUCUCGCUGCAAUCAUUACUCUCAGCAUCACAGCUGAAAAAUGCAGGCAGCUUGUUGGCGAGAAGGCGUCGUCCAAGAGUGGAAAAUUUACUUUCUUAAAUUGCUUUGACAUGGGCUCCGGAACUUUAGCAUGUAGUGUCAAGGAAGGUGUAAAGCUCUAUUUUUACAAUAUAAGAGCUGCUCAUGUUGAAGGAGCAAGGCAUGAUGCAAUCCAGUCUGCUCUUGUUGAUGCUGUGAAGCAGGGAAUGUCACCAACUGAUUCAUCAAAAUAUGCUCAGAAAGAAGGUGAAAAGGCAGCAAAAUUGGCUUCCCGCAAAGCUAAGCGCAUUAUAGGUCCCAUCAUAUCUUCUGGAUGGGAUUUUUUUGAAGCUGUAUACUAUGGUGGCACUCUCACAGAAGGGUUCCUCAGGGGAAGUGGUACUCUGUUUGGCACUUAUGCUGGAGGCUUCCUUGGGGAGCAAAGGCUUGGGAGAUUUGGUUAUCUUGUUGGAAGUCACAUGGGAAGUUGGGUUGGAGGUAGAAUAGGACUAAUGCUCUAUGAUGUGGCUAAUGGAGUGCAUUUCUUGUUGCAUUCUGUUCAAACAUAUGGAGAAAUCAUUUAUGGUGAUGGAAGUGCCAUAUCUUAUAUAGGGAAGCUUUUGGCAAGACAGUGCCAAGUCACCGGUAUUCAUACAUCGACAAAGAAGCUAAUUUUGAGCUGAUUAUUUGGCUUAACUUGGAGUUGCCAUGGAUGCAAAUACGACUAUUCUAUAUAUAAGGACACAAUCACAAGAUCUUACUCCAUUGCUGCUGGGAACACAUCAGGAGUUAUGAUCUCUCGUCAGUUUCAUAGCUUAGUUUUCCCUCAUUUUCUGUAUUUUCUAGUUUGUUUCUUUCCAAUUUUACCAAAAAAAUUGUAAGUAAACGUGAAGAACGAAUUGUUUAGGCAAUAAUAUUGAUAAAAAAUGGAUGAUGGCAGGGGUGUGAUUAUGUUAGUG